CGUCUUCUACGAGAAGAAGAAAAUCAUAAUUUAAUGAUGGAAAAAUAUGUAUCUCAAGAGAAGCUUGAUAAAGCUGAAGCAGAAUUUCAGGAUUAUGUUCAAAACGAAGAUAAGGAAAUAAAGAUGCUGAUCCAUAAAAAGAAGCUUCUGAAGAGAAAACUUUCUGCAAAAAUGGAUCUGUGUGCAAAAGAGGAUGCCGAGGGGAAAGAAGAUAUAAAAGAAAUGAAAGAAAAGAUGGAAAAAUAUAAAGAAAUAGAAGCUAAAUCUAAACUUGAAAUUGCAGAGUUAGAAAAGGAAUUAGCUAUUUCUGAGAAAAAAGUAGAAGAAGAAAAAGAAAAAUGGAGACUUCAACCAUUCGAAAAUCCUGUAGGAGAACCAUUUGAAGGGCCAUGCGGAAUUUGUCGAGAUUUAUAUAACGAUAGAAAAGGUUCCAGAAUUAUGUUGGCUAAAGUGAAAGAAGGAAAUCUAGCUAUAAAGCAGCAAGUAUUUGAUUCAGCUGUAAAAUUAAAAGAUAAUGCCUGUGAUAUUGCUCAUCUUUCAUACGAGAUUGAAUAUAUAAAGAAACGCAUCUUCACACAGCAUCUUUAUGAAAAAAAUGAAGAAUUUUCUGGUGGGAUUGACUUUUAUGAUAGAAAAGACUUCUCCGUUCAAGUAUGUAACAUGAUGGAGAAGAACUUUUCCUCAAGAAAAUAUAGACCGGUUCCUACAUCAGCAUAUCCUCUUCCAAGGACUGAAUUUGAAAAUAGUAUAGAAGACCUUCAAGAGGAAGGUUUUAUCUGCUGCCACAAAUUCGAGACUCCAAUUUGCCGAAGAUUUUUUUGUGGGAGAGUAAAAAAUAAAGAAAGAAUGACUGAAGAAGAAAGAGUUAAGUAUGAACUCACAAAUCCUGCAGAACUCCAAUCUUAUCCUGGAAGAAUAGAGACAGAAGGAGGGAGAAAAAUGUAUAUAAAUGAAGUGGUAAAACUGAUCUUCGACGGCGUACCUGUGGAAAAAAUCGCCUCUAUUAAGUGAAAAUUUUAACUGCAACGCAGCUUUGCAAGUUCCUGUACAAGGAUAAGUUUUUUAUAAACUCAGUCAACUCCUUGAUUUGUUUGGUGGAUGUGAUAAAUGUUUGGUGUGGUUGAAAAAAAUGUUGAACCUAUAAAGUGCAAUGUUAUAUAUAUAAGAUAGUUUCUCUGUUUCAGAAAAUUGUAUUAUUUUCAUGUUGUACUGAAAAACAUGAGUUCAUUGUAAAACUAAUAAGUUAUUUAGGCCAUUAUCAUUGAAUGUUCUUUCAUUUUUGUGCAUUAGAACAUUUUUUUGCUUGUUUAAUUUUAUAUGAAGUCAUUCCAUACAAAAAAGUUGUUUUAUUUUGUUACAAUGUGUUUACUUUAGUUGUGUUGUUUUUUAUUGCGUUAGGUUAUAUAUUUUUUUUAUUUGCACUAUUUUCAUGUGUAGUGCUACAAUUUUAUGAUCUGAGCAUACAGAGUACUACAUAUCAUUUUUUUCCUAUCAUAUACUCAAAGAAUUCUUUGACUUGGAAUUAACAGAAAGGCAUUUCUGGUGGUUAUUUUAUCUAUUAGAAGUAAUUAAAGCCACUUUUAAUUUCAUUCAACAAAUAAACUGGUUUUUAAGGCUCCAAUUUCAACUUUACUAAUAUUGAUUUCAAUCAAGAUUUGCCAAAGUUUUAUAUUGUUUCUGUGUCAUACUUAAAUAUUUAUUAGUGAUGCUUCAUAUGUUGGUUCUAAAAAUUCAUUUGUUAAUUCUAAAAAUAUGUACUUUGCUAGUUGAUGGAUAUAUUUCUUCAAAAGAUUUGUUUAUGAAUGAAAUUUUAUUUUUUACAUUGGUCAAAAGAAAUUUUUUCCUAAUUCCUGCUUUUGUAUUGUAUUAUUGGAAAGACCCCUGCUACAAUGCAGUAAUUAAACAUUGUUUCAAAAUAAAAUGUUAAUAUUUUAUUAUUAUUAUCAUUCUGCUUAUAAAUAAUUUGUGAUUUUUAAAAAUUUGUGAAUUAUUGAUUCUCAUUUUUACUGUUUUACUCCUCAUUCUUCAUUGUAACUUGAAGAACUACAACAUAGAUUCUAUUUACACAGUUUUUUCUAUGGUGAAAAAUUUUAGUAUUUAAUCUGAAUAUUUGGAAUAAUAUUUAAAACAAGAAACUGAUUAUUUAGAAUAAGAUUUUUAUAACUUCUGUUGUUUCUCCCCAUUAUUUUAUUUGGUUGUAAUUUUGUUUUAUUGUUUAAUAUUUUUGUUGAAUAAGAUGUUAAAAAUGCAGAAUACAGAUAUCAGUUAGUGAUUGCUAUCAAAAUCAAUUUACAAAAAUUAGUGUUUACUUUGCAAAAAGAAUUUAGCUCAUAAAUAAAAAUGAUGGGUCAAGUUAAAGCUUAAUGUCUCAAGCACAUAUUUUUAAAGUUCUUAUUUAAUAAAAAUUUAAGUGAAAAAAAGAUUCGGAAAAGAUUGUAGAAUAAUUAUUUUAAAUAUUUUUGUUAUUAAUAUAAUUUUUUUAAUAAAGUGCAACAAUUGUAUUGUUUUAAAAAUGAAUUUUUCCUAAAUAAACGAAAAUUGUUGCAAAAUUUAGUUUGUUGGUAAUUAGUAAUAACUUAAUUCAGAAAUAAGGAUUAAAAAUAAAAACUUAAAUAAAAGGAAAAAUUUUCAAACAUAAGUUUUCAUAUUGAUGGAAUAGGAGGAGUGAGUUUAAUGUGUUGGCUGACUCCCAUGUUUUACCAAAUGACUUCUGAUUUGACAAUUGCAGGGAUGCUCAAUGUAACUUUCAAAUCCAUUGUUUGAUAAAAGAAAUCUUAUUAUUUUGGUUAAUUUUUAUUCAAACAUAAAUUGUAUUGGAUAUGAAAUAGCAUCUGCCAUUUUGAUUGUCUUAUAUUGAAGGAAGUGAAAGCUAUAGUUUUUGAUUGUGUACAAUUCUCAAAAAAUGUUUUUUCUUGCAUAAAAGUAGAAAAACGAGUUAUUAAGGAAGUUAUAACUUCUUUUAUGUCAACUGAAAUUAUGUCUUUUAAAAAUAAAUAUUUAAAGUUUUUGAUGCUUACUUUUUAAUUGCUAUAAAUGAUAAUUUAUUGAAAAUAAAUAGAAUUAAUUGAUAUUACUUUAAGAAUAUGAUUUGUUUAAAUAGUAAUUUUAAACAAUAUUUUUAAAUGGCACUUAUUACUCUGAAUAUUUUUCCUGCGGUCUUUGAGUUUGUAUAAGUUUACAGUUGUUUUGUUUUAUAACACAGUUUGUAACAUAUUUUUUCUCAACUUUGCAUACAAAAUAUUAAUAGAAUUACAAAACAUUAGUUAUUUUAAAUAUAAUAACUAAUUUUGUAUCAGCUGUGUCCCUUACUCAACUUGGUAGUUUCUGUGCAUAUAAUGAUCGAAAAGUGUCUAAUUAAGUUAGGGUUGCCCUUUAUAUUAAUUUAAACUUGUGUAAAAAAAAUUUAAAUUUAAAAUUGUAUUUUAAGUUCUUAAAUAUUUAUUGUCUGCCAGUGACGUGAGAAUUUUUUCUAUCUAGAAAAUUUAUAGCUUCUGUUUUUAUUUUAAAAUACUAAGUUUAAGUAAUGCUUUAAACCCAAUUUGCGGUUUAUAAUUAUUUUAAACUGGGUUACAACUGUUUUAUCAGGACUGAUACUUCUAAACACAUGAAGAAUAUGUGUAAAAGUAAACUUGUUUUUUCUUUUUCCUGGUCUUUGUUUUAAGAAUGCUUUUUGAGUUGCUUUCUGUGACAGUUUUCAUAAAGUUCUCUCAAAAAGCAAAGAAAUAUUAAAGUAGAGUUUAUGUUGCUGUCACUUUUCCCAUGCUUUGAGUUACGUGUUCAAAUAAAAUUCACAAUUAAAUCAAUCAUCAAUGAAAAAAUAACGCUACUAAAGGCAAACAUCAUGGAUUAAAAUAUUCCUUACAAUUAAAAUGUUAAAUAGAGGGAAAGUUUUGUAUGUAUCAGUGUAUUAUCAUUGUAUUGUGUAUUUGUUAAAGAAUAUUUUGUAUAAUAAUCUAGCUUAAGACAAAUUCUAAUCAAGUUUUUAUAUAAAAUUGCUAUAAGCAUCAUUAGAAAUUUUAAGUAUAACACAAGAUCAGCUUUUGUAAAUUCAUUGAAAAACUCGUGUAACAAAAAACACUGGAAGCUCGUUAAAUUUGUAGCAUUUUGUAUUUUAACUUCUGAACAAUUUUUAAAAAAUAAUAUGUAUUCUCUCAUACUCUCAUUUGUUACUCAAUUUGGUGAAAUGUUAUAAAUGUAAUUAAGUAAUAAAAUUUUAAGCGUUA